CUCUUGAAAUAUCUCUUUCUCAAUAGAACUUCCAAAGGAAAUGAAGUAAGUCUCUAACAUUCUCACUUUCUUUUGCCUCAUAGCUCUCCUAUCCCAUAUAACAUUCUCAAGUGUUAGCGUGGUGGAAGGUAGAAACACGUUGGAGCAUGAAGCCAUGUCGCAUGUGAUUAACCAAAAGACUUCUCCAUAUGUUGUGCAUCCGCAAAAGGUUCCAUGCGCUGAUUGCACUUGGCCAUGUGAUCCUGUUGUAGUUGGUGAAGGUUGUAUAUGUCGUUGCUAAAAUUUCCGUUUCUAUCAUAAUUUCGCCAUAUAUAAUGUGUUGGACCUUCGAUAAAAAUUAAAUAACAAUAAAAUUAUAUUUAUUAUUGAUUGCUCGGAGAAAG